GCCUCGUCCGUUCAGGUAGUCCGUCUGAACGUGGUAAUGGCGAACGAACUGUUCCUCGGCACGACUCUCUCCUCUGGACAGAAGCGAGACACUUUGGACCUUUACACUUAACACUUGAUUGAGUCAUUAGUCACUCUGUGCUAUUUCAAUGUGUUUUAAGUCACGGAGUGAAAUCAUAUAUUGUGCUGCUACCAACAACGCCUGUAAUCGACCAGGUAGUACCGCUUUUAAACCAAAGAGGUUUUUUUUGCUCCAAAACACAAAAAGUGACAUAAGGACUUCACGGGGAUCCGAAACAAUGGGAUCAGCAACACCCCGCGCGCCAUGUCGAGACGGCUCGCGCGCCCCAUCCGUAAUGACACGGAACAGCCAACGAUGCAGCUGAUGACGCCGAGAUGAAGCGCGCGGCUCUCUGACAUAAGGAACAACAAACAAAAACAAAAGAUAACAACCAGAAUGUUCUCCGACGUGGGGAACGCGAGCGACGAGGACCUGCUGAGGUCGCUCGAGCAGGAGUGGAGCGACCGGCCGCAGGAGCUGCUGACGCGCACCGGGCACACGGUUGUCUCCGUGUUCCUGGGCUCCAUCAUGGUGUUCGGCUUCCUCAACAAUCUGGUGGUGCUCGUGCUGUUCUGCAAGUUCAAGACGCUGCGCACGCCCGUCAACAUGCUGCUGCUUAACAUCAGCGUGAGCGACAUGCUCGUGUGCGUGUUCGGCACAACGCUCAGCUUUGCGUCCAGUCUGCACGCGCACUGGCUGUACGGGAGGCACGGGUGCAUGUGGUACGGCUUCAUCAACUCGUGUUUCGGCAUCGUGUCGCUGGUGUCGCUGGCACUGCUCUCCUACGACCGCUACAGCACGCUCACCGUGUGCAACAAGCGGGCGCCCGACUUCCGCAAGCCCCUGGCGGCCGUGGCGGGCGCCUGGAUCUACUCCCUGCUGUGGACCGUGCCCCCCCUGCUUGGCUGGAGCAGCUACGGCCUGGAGGGUGCCGGCACCAGCUGCUCCGUCACCUGGACCGAGCACAGCCCCUGCUCCCACUCCUACAUCGUGUGCCUCUUCCUCUUCUGCCUGGCCGUGCCCGUGCUGCUGAUGGUGUACUGCUACGCCCGGCUCCUCUACGUCGUCAAGCAGGUGGGUCGGAUCCAGCGGUCGGCGGUGCGGCGGAGGGAGUUCCGCAUCCUGUUCAUGGUGCUCACCACAGUGGUGUGCUACCUGCUGUGCUGGAUGCCGUACGGCGUGGUGGCCAUGAUGGCCACCUUCGGGCGGCCGGGGAUCAUCACGCCGGUGGCCAGCGUGGUGCCCUCCAUCUUGGCCAAGAGCAGCACCGUCAUCAACCCGCUCAUUUACAUCCUCAUGAACAAGCAGUUCUACCGGUGCUUCCUGCUGCUGUUCCACUGCCGGCCUCACGGGGGCGCCCUGGACACCGGCCAGUCCUCCAUGCCCUCCAAGACCACUGUGCUGCGGCUCAACCGCCGUGUCUACAACACGCCCACGCCCGCCGGCACCCUGCAGCCGUCGGACUCCACGGGGGCCGCGGCGCCGGUCGCAGCGAAUAUGGGGGCCCCGGCGGCCCCGGGGGUGAGCCCCGCGUCCCCACGAGACGGAGGGCAGAUUGGGGACGCGGGGAGCGACGGAUUCCCUCGAGGGGCCUACUGA